UGCGGUCGGGAACCAGCUGCCCUGGCAGCAUUUCAUCGAUAGUGAAACUGAAUGAUGAUGUGAUAAACAUCGUUUUAAUUAGCCCACGCAGGAAUUUCCUUCGUCGCCCCGUAGGAUAUAUGUACGUAUCGUUUUGCCAGCCGCCAAGCCAAGCUGUUAUCAUCCCAUUUCGCGACGAUCCGCAAUUGAUAGGGCUGCCAUUGGAGUUUGAUAUCUCCGCGUGCGUUCCGGUAGGCUAAUUAGUUGGAAGAGGUACUAAUCAUCUACGCGGACCAGGUGGCGCAAAUGAAUGUAGAUUAGAUGCAGCGGAACGACCUCGAAAGAAAAGUGAGUAGCACUGGACUUGUUGGUUGCCGAUCGGCUGGCCCUGGACGGACUCUGCAUCCGCUACGGGACGGCGCGGUAUUAGAUAUAUAAAAGCCACGGACACUGGUCCUAUGAGUCACACAAAGUAUGUGAACACUGAUAAGCUGGGUGUGUGCCAUCGAGCUGCAGAGUGUCGCAGUUUGAGAUUAGAACUAACCAAAGUGACGGAUUAAAGUGUUGCCAUGUGUUGGAGCUGGAGUAGGUGCUGAUGAAGAUGCUAAUGGAAGCGCAAACAUUUUAAAUUUUAUUGGCUGUGUGAUUCCGAGUAUGGUUUGAAUGCGUGAUAAAACCACACAGUGUGAAGCGAAUCCUUGUGCUCGAGCAACCGUAGUUGGCGGGGAAAUUACUUCAAGGACAGUAGAUAACAAACCAAAACCCCAAGCAGAAAUAGAAUGAUACCCAGCAGUGACAACAGUAUGUGUGUCAGGAUCGUUCUGCUGUUGUUGAUGGCUACCACCGCAACAGUAACCCGAGCUGACGAUAGUGGGGGGUCCAGUUCCAGUCCACCGAGCAAAUUGGAUGACUAUGUGCUAACUACUCAGUCGGAGUGCUAUAAAUCGAAGCGGCUGGUUUCGUGCUUCAAGUACCGAAUUUCGCGCUACAUUUGGUCGUUCGCCUCCGGUCGGAUGAACUGGCUCCUGACGGAGAAGAACGCCUACGAAGCUGGCAACGGGAUGAAAUUGGUUCGACUCAGCGAGCCACAGGAGGACGAUGUGUUUCCAGAGGCGCGGCUGAUUUCACCCUACGACAACGAGAUGCUGAAGGCCACGAAAUUCCUGCAACGCUCGCUGAACACCUUUAUCGCUUCGCACGGUGUCCGUGUCGGAGUAGGUGCGGACAGUGGUGCCCGGUUUCUGGACGAUGGUGACGAUUUCGAUGGGCGUGGUAAAAAGAAGAGAAGAUGGAACAUGAUCCUGCCGCUGGCACUGAUGCUUAAACUGGUGCACAUGAAGUUACUGCUAAAACCGAUCCUGCUCGGUGUUGGUCUUAUCCAGAUUCUACUAAUCGCCGGCGGUCUUUUCAUAUUCAAUUACUUCCGCAACAGCAAUAUUUGUCGCAUCCAGCCACACGUGGUACAUUCCCAUUCGCACAUAGCCAGUGAAUCGGCACCGGAACUAUCCUACGCUUCAUAUGGGUCGUACCCUUCCUACUCCGCAUCCCCGUACAACGCGUACAGCAAGGAUUGGGCCACAAAUCGAGCCUACAGUGGUUACAGCUUCCUGGAUGCCAUCGAUAGCCAUAAAAUUUAGGAGUUUUCCAGGGGCUAGCCGAACUGAAUGGAAGUGUUUUAGCAUUAGUUUGAAUCGCUGCAGAAAGAUGACUGUAAAUGGGUGAAUAUCCUGUUUCCUUCUAGGAUCCGAUCUUACUAUUCUAUUCA